AUCAAAAUGAAGGGAUCUGGACUGUUGUUGGACAUGAAGCUGUGGUUUAUGAUAGUUGUGGCAAUGGAAAUUACUGAAGUAUAUUGCCAUCAUUACUAUCCUGUCUUCUACACUCUGGGACAUCACCAUGGACAUCAUCACCAUAAGAAAAAAAUUGAGAUUCACACAAAAUCGGAACAUCAUCAUCAUCACCAUCAUCACCACGGACAUCACCAUGGUCACCACCACAAACAUGGGCAUCACCAUGACCAUAAACAUGGACAUCACCAUGGCCAUCAUCACGGUCAUCAUCACCAUCAUGGGCAUGAACAUAAGCAUCAUCAUGGACAUCAUCACGGUCACCACCACCACCACGGUCAUCAUCACGGGCACCAUCAUGGUCAUCAUCACAAACAUCAUCAUGGACACCAUCAUGGACAUCAUCAUGCUCAUCAUCACGGACACCAUCACGGACAUCAUCAUGGUCAUCACCAUGGCCAUCACCACCACCACGGGCACCAUCAUGGCCAUCACCAUGGGCAUCAUCAUGGACAUCACCAUGGUCAUCACCACGGCCAUCACCAUGGUCAUCAUCAUGGUCACCAUCAUGGACAUCAUCACGGCCACCAUCAUGGACAUCAUCACGGCCACCACCAUGGACAUCAUCACGGCCACCAUCACGGACAUCAUCACGGACAUCAUCAUGGUCACCAUCACGGUCAUCAUCAUGGACACCAUCAUGGCCAUCAUCAUGGGCACCAUCAUGGCCACCAGUAUGAAGGACAUGCUAGCGAAAUACAAAAUACUCUGCACUUUUAUAAUCUUUUUGGCCCUCAGUACUGA